UGCGAAAUAGGGAUGUUGAUUGCGAUAUAGGGAUGUGUAUUCGGAUGUGAAAGUCCUACGUGCUAUGUAAUAGUGAUAAUCAAAACAGUUCUUCAAGUGUUGUUAGUAGUGGCUAUAAUUCUUCUCAUAGCAGGAAAGAGAUAUAUUUGGAAAGUACUGAAAAUAAUGAGAAUAAACAUCAUCGGGAAAUGAAAUCAUUUAUAAACAUUGAAGAUGGCAGUAACUUAACUGAAAUUUCACCAGUAUUAACAUGUAUUAGAACUCUCAAUGAAUCUGAAGCUUUUUGGGAUGGUGCAAAAUCAUGCAAUUUUAAAAGUGUAUCUUUAAAACAACUGAAAUCUGAAACAGAUGUCCCGAAGGAGGAUGGGUUUUAUUUUGCGGUUUCUUUGCGGGAUGGAUCAUGUCUUUGUACAUCCAGUGCUAUUACAGAUCAUCUUGGAUAUCCAAAGGAUAUGUUUGUUGGCCAGUGUAUAAUGAAUUUCUUGUAUCAUAAAGACCAUAUUACUUUUGCAAAUCACCUUACUCAGGGGCUCAAUGCUUGUUUUAUUCAAGGAAAGAGAUAUGACUCUCAUUUGGUGCUCAACACAUUUUUUUGCCGUUUGAGGGUAUACCAAAGUUUGAAAUUUGGAUAUGCUGUAUCUGAGAAAAAAGUGCAAUAUAAGCCUUUCAAAAUUACUUUGCAUAUAAAUGAAUUAAUAGUGGAUGAUAUGUGUGUUGAAAAGCAAUCAGGCAUUCUGUGUGUGAAAGCAACAGCAACAAAUGUUUCAUCUGCUUAUACAGUACCUGAAGAAAUACCAGCUAUGACUUCAUUUUCAACACGACACACUGCUUCCUGCCAUUUCAGUCAUGUUGACGCAAGUGCUAUUCCUUAUCUUGGUUAUUUGCCCCAAGAUAUGAUUGGAUAUUCUGUUUUUGACUUUUAUCAUACUGAUGAUAUGCCACAACUCAAAGACAUAUAUGAAUUAGUUAUUAAAGAACAUGGUUCAUCAUUUCGUAGCAAACCUUACCGUUUCAAAGUGCACAAUGGCUCAUAUGUUUUGCUGGAAACAGAAUGGUCUUGCUUCAUUAAUCCAUGGUCACAUAAAUUGGAGUUUGUUGUAGGUCAACACAGAGUGCUAAAAGGUCCUUCAGAUAUCAAUAUUUUUACACCAUGUGAACAAGAGGAAUCUGCUGCAUCUGAUGCUAUUCGUAAAGAAAGUCAGUGCAUUCAGAAAGAAAUUAAAGCUCUUCUUUCUCAGUGUGUACAGAAUUUGGGAACUAAUAAGGCAAAAAGGUUCUGCAACAAGAGAAAGAGAGACUUAGCCUCCUUUGUUUAUAAUUGCAUUGAUGAAAACUACAAAGGAAACAAACAGAAAGCUGAUAAACCAGACAUGCUGGAUGAUUGCAGCAAUUCUGACCCAGAUAGCGUAGUCAUGGGAGAUAUUUCACCCUACAGAAAUGUAAUUGAUUCAAGUGUUUCAUCAGAAACACCUCCAACAGUACAGCAGCUGAGAUAUCAGGAAAAUAUUGAAAGAUUCUUUGCUAGCCAGCCGACUACUUAUUCUGAUGGCUCUGAGGAGUUUAAUAAGAACGAAAAAUUUUCAAGUGGGGAAGAUUAUCAGGGUAGCAGUAGUGGUUCAGGUAAUGGCUCUG